GAACUUUGUUAUUUUCCCUCUCCUUUAGAUCUUACUUGUCAUUUCUUCUAUAUAUUCUCUUCCUCUCGUUUUGAUUUUAUAUUUCCAUGUAUUUCAAGCAUUUAUAUUACAUGUAUCAUUUAAUAAUUACAGUUCCUGUGAAACCAGUCUAAUUCUUCAGUUUCUUGCAAGCAUGGGGGCUCUUGUGUAAUGAUGAAUUAUCCAUAGCAUUUUUUCAUUUCAUAGAGAGUCUAAGGCAAGAUAAAAAUGUUCCUUGGCAUUUUCCUUUGAGGUCAGAUGGAUCUUUUUCCUUUCCUUUCUCUGUAGGCCUUGGACAGUUCUGAUUUUGUGAAGAGAAUCAGUGCCAAUCCUUGACCUUUUUGUUUCUUGGGUUUUUUCCAUACCGUUAAGAGACAGGCAAGUGAAGUCAGCAGAUGUCCCGAGGGUAGCUGUGACUUCAAAGCAUGCUAACCUCUGGCUUCUGAUGAUCUCUUCAUUUUGCCCCCUUUGGAUCUCCUUUACUUUUUUUUAACUGUGGCAUACUUGUAAAAGGAUGUUUGUCAUAUAUUACCUAGCAUUUCUUGGUGUUUUGGUGAAAUCUGACCACUGUUCAUAUACUUGCAGUAUUGUGUCCUUCUACCUUUGAACAUACUAUAUCUACUUUUCUUUUUAUGUCCUCUGUAAAGUUUCAUUGCCUUUUUAAAAGAUCUUGCACAUUUCUUGGUAAGUAAUUUCCCUAGUACUUCAUAAAUUUUGUUCAUAUUAUAAAUAGGAAUAUUUUGUUCUGUGAAAAAAUUCAUAGAUAUAAAUACACAUACAUAGAGUGAAAUAUUCAUCUCUAUAAAUGGAUAAUAGCCUUACAAAAAUAUCUAAUAGUUUUUCAGUGGAUCAUUUUGGAUUUCUAGGUUGAUAAUUUGCUCUCCACAUAUAAUGUAUGAUCCUUUUCUAUAUGUACCAUUAAAAGAAAACUAACCAGUAGAAGGAGCUGAGUAUUUGAGUAUAUCACAUUUUGAAAACAGUUAUUUUUGUUUUUUGAACUAAUUGGGGGUGCUUCUAAUGUUUAAUUUAAAAAUUUUCUAUUAAAUAUGUUUAUGUAGGUGUCUGGUAAAUACCCUUAAUUAGGUUGAGGAAAAGCCAUUUGGUCUUAGAGUUUCUAAUACAGUCUUAAAAUACAUUUUCUGAUGUUGAACUAUUUCUGCAUUUGUAGGAUAAACCUUAUUUGAUAAUGAUGUAAUGAUGUAUUAGUCCUUAAAUACACAGCUAGAUUCUCUGUUGCUAAUAUUUUACUUUUGAAAAUUUACCUGUGUUUGUUUGUGAUAUUGGAUUGGUUUUCCUGAGCUUUCUUUGCCCAGUUUUGUUACCUGAGUUCAUUUAAUUUUGUAAAAUGACUUGGGUGGAUUUCUCUAUUUUUAUACGUUCAAAAACAGUUAUAUGUAAUCUUGCCAGUAAUACUGUCAGUCAUCAGUAUCUACUGCCUUUUAGGAGCAUAGACAUUGAACUCAAAUUUUAAAUUCUAAUGUGGUUAUUGAUGUAUAUUCAGAUUUUCUAUCUUCAUGGGUCAUUUUAAAAAUUAUUUUCAUCCAUUUCAUUACUUUUAUAAUUUACUAUUGAGUUAUAUAUGGUUUUUUUGUCAUAAGCACUUUGGACUUGGGGGAGUUAAGGUCUUUUCUUUUCCAGUGUUUUGGAUUUGUGCCCAAUCUGAUUUUUUUCCUACACGUCAAAGUUUUGUAUCAUGUAUUGGUGUUUGCAAAUAAUUAACUUGUUGUUUUGCUAGCCAUUUCUAUUCUUUCUGCAUUCUAGUUUACUUGUUUAUUGAUUUUUAGAUAACUAAUUGUUUUAUUUCCCUCUCUCCUUCUUGAGUUGAACCUUAAUUCUCUUGUUUUUAAUUAUUUCUUGUUUUCUAAUAAAUCGAUUUAAGGCUGUAAGUUUUCUGUGGUACAUUAGCUGAAUCUCAUGGGAUUUCACACAAGGUUGCUCUUGGUAUUUAGUUUUAAAUUGUGAGUUUUAGUUUUCUUUCAUUUUCCUUUUAUGAUAAUCAUAUGGAAGUAUCUUAGUUACAUUAUAUAUUUUUUGCAUGCUUUUGUAAUUUCUAAUUUUAUUGUAAUGUGUUAACAUGUCAUCGGUUUUACCCAUCUACCCAUCUUAUGUUCCAGUCUACUCUGUCUUUAUUUCUUGUCUGUUAAUAUUAGGUCCUAAAAGGGGGAAAGAUACUGUUUCCUUCUACUUACACAACACUUUUGAUCCUAGAUGUGUGAAUUUUCCCAUACCAAGCAAUCCUCUAGUUCUUGGUGGACACCAACUGGGUAUUCUACAGUUAACUCAGUUCUGACACUAACUCUGCAGAGUAGUACAGACACCACAAGUUAAGGGUUCAGUCCAAUAAGAUUGACCACCACUUCAGAUGACAAUUCCAAGUUCCAAGUUGUCACAGGUACUUCUGACUGACUGGCUAUAAAUCAGGGUUUCUCAGUGGCUAUAAAUCUCAGGUUCAAUAAUUUGCUAGAAUGGUUCACAGAUCUUAGAGAAACAUUGACACUUAGCAGUUUAUUAUAAAGGAUACAACUCAGGAGCAGCUAAAUGAAAGAAAUGCUUAGUUUUUACUGUUUAUGUUGUAAUCAGCCUAUCAAUAAUCAAUACUGUGGCCAGACCAGCCCUUGUAGUUCUUAACAAUGAUUGCAAGUAAGUAUGUAUCAGCAGUAUGUAUCAGGAAAACUUUGAGAAAAUAGAAGUUUAUUUACUUACAGGACCUGGAAAUUACAUAGCACAUCUGAGGCCACACAGCGAGGUUGUUAGGGAAGAGAGAAUGCAGGAGAGAAAAAGAGAGCCAGCCAGUACACAGGCAUGCGUGUGAGCCUGGGGUUCUGCUUUAACUGGGGUUGAGGAUUUCACAGGCCCAUUCAUUAGUGAAUUUAAAAGGUGGAAUUGGGAGUCUAAAGCGUGGGAAGAUAAAAAACAAGUGGCCCAGAUGGUCAGUUAUUGAAAUCAACUAAGGUCUCUAAAACAAAGGAGCUUACUGUGGGGAUGCAGCCUGACUCAGCCUGCCUCUUUACCUAGUUGUGUGGCUGGCAGCAUGUUUAUUGGUCCAGACAUGCUUGAAAUGAAUGCCUUGACAAUCAAAGUUUAACUCAUACUCUUGCAUUACAGGAAAAAAAAAAAAAAAAAACGCCAACUGGAAGGCUUAUACCUUAGGAAGGUAUGGAGAAGAGUUGCAGAGCUUCCAUAUCCUUUCCAGACUUGCCCUCAAGGGGGGCAAACAAGCUCUUAUCUCCAAAAGAAGACAUUUAUGAAAUAGAAUUAUCCCAAUGGGAAAUGAGUGCCAGACUUGAAAACUGUGAUCUUGAGAACUCCAGUUCCAGAGAUUAUUUGGAAGUCAAAGGCACAUUGGAAAAGCAACAAGAAAAUCAGGAAGAAUAUUUCAGUCAAGGAAUGAUCAUAUAUGACAAAAUGUCUAUUUUCAACCAUCAUGCUUAUUUAUCUCAACAUUCCCGGUGUCAUUCUACUGAGAAACCCUAUAAAUGUAAGGAAUGUGGGAAGGCCUUUAGACGAGCCUCACACCUAACUCAACAUCAGAGUAUUCAUACUGGUGAAAAACCCUAUGAAUGUAAGCAGUGUGGGAAGGCUUUUAGUCGUGAUUCACAGCUCAGUCUUCAUCAGAGACUUCAUACUGGUGAGAAACCCUAUGCAUGCAAGGAAUGUGGGAAGGCCUUUACUCAGAGCUCCCAACUUAUUUUACAUCAUAGGAUUCAUACUGGUGAAAAACCAUAUAAAUGUGAAGAAUGUGGGAAAGCCUUUAUUCGAAGCUCGCAACUCACCCGACAUCAAAAAGUCCAUACUGGGGAGAAACCUUAUGAAUGUAAAGAAUGUGGGAAGGCCUUUACUCAGAACUCACAACUUACUCUGCACCAGAGACUUCAUACCGGUGAGAAACUCUAUGAAUGUAAAGAAUGUAGGAAGGUCUUUACACAACUCUCACAACUUAUUCUUCAUAAGAGAAUUCAUACUGGUGAAAAACCCUAUGAAUGUAAGGAAUGUGGCAAAGCUUUUAUUUGUGGCUCACAGCUUUCUCAACAUCAGAAAAUACAUAAUGGGGAAAAGCCAUAUGAAUGUCAGGAGUGUGGAAAGGCCUUUAUUCGUGGCUCAUUGCUUAUGCAACAUCAGAGGAUUCAUACUGGUGAAAAACCCUAUAAAUGUGAAGAAUGUGGGAAGGCCUUUAUCCGUGGCUCACAACUUACUCAACACCAGAGAAUUCAUACCAAUGAGAAGCCAUAUGAAUGUAAGGAAUGUGGAAAGACCUUUAGUCAUGGCUCACAACUUACUCAACAUCAGAGAAUUCAUACUGGUGAGAAACCCUAUCAGUGUAAGGAAUGUGGAAAGGCCUUUAAUCGUGGCUCCCUCCUUACCCGACAUCAAAGGAUUCACACUGGUGAAAAACCCUAUGAGUGUAAGGAAUGUGGAAAGACCUUUAGUCGUGGCUCAGAACUUACUCAGCAUGAGAGAAUUCACACUGGUGAGAAACCCUAUGAGUGUAAGGAAUGUGGGAAGUCUUUUAUUCGUGGCUCACAACUUACUCAACAUCAGAGAAUUCAUACUGGCGAGAAGCCCUAUGAAUGUAAAGAAUGUAGAAUGGCCUUUACACAGAGUUCACAUCUUUCCCAGCAUCAGAGACUUCAUACUGGUGAGAAACCCUAUGUAUGUAAUGAAUGUGGGAAGGCCUUUGCUCGUGGCUUACUACUUAUACAGCACCAGAGAAUUCAUACAGGUGAGAAACCAUAUCAGUGCAAGGAAUGUGGGAAGGCCUUCAUUCGUGGUUCACAACUUACUCAACAUCAGCGAAUUCACACUGGAGAAAAACCCUAUGGAUGCAAGGAAUGUGGGAAGGCCUUUAGUCACGGUUCUCAACUUACUUUACAUCAGAGAAUCCAUACUGGUGAGAAACCCUAUGAAUGCAAAGAGUGUAGAAAAGCUUUUACUCAGAGCUCACAUCUUUCUCGACAUCAGAGAGUUCAUACUGGUGAGAAACCAUAUCAGUGUCGGGAAUGUGGGAAGGCCUUUACUCGUGGUUCACAACUAACUCAACAUCAAAGAAUUCAUAUCAGUGAGAAAUCUUUUGAAUAUAAGGAAUGUGGGAUAGACUUCAGUCAUGGCUCACAAGUUUAUAUAUGAAUUACCUGAUGCUUGUAAUUAAUAUAGAGAGCCUUCUCUGGUCAUUAAUUCAUUAUCAUCAAGAAUUCUUAAAAUGUGAACAUGUAAACACAUUUGCUUCAUAAAAUUCAGAAUCAGUGAAUUUGUAUGGGGGAAAGAUAAUUCUAAUGUAAUCCAUGUAGAAAAACCUGUCAUGACUGGAAACCUAUUCAACUUUAACAAAUUAUAAUAGACAAUAAUUCUCUUCAUGUAAAUAUAGGAAGACUUUUAGCCAUAGACAUAUGUCUUUUUCAAAAUUAUCUUGACUCUUUCAGUUGCUUUUCUUUGUGAUGUUUAACAUGAUAAUUAACUGCUGCUUUGGUUUACUCAGUUAUCAGAUAGACCUAAGAAGAAUACCUUCCUUAUAAGAUUCCCAGAAGUAUUAUAUAAGUUAUUAAAUGUAAGGUUCUUAGACCAGUGCCUUCAACAUAGCAUCUUACAAAUAUUAGCUAUCAUUAUAUUACUCGUGUUAUUUUAGAUAAUUUGCACGAGAAGACAUUUAUUAGUAUAAUGAAUAUUGAGAAAUCUUUCAUUAGCACUGAACCUUGAUUAUUUGAGAGGAGGGCACUGUAUGCUGUAAUGAAUACAAGAAUGCUUUCAUUUACAUCUUGUCCCAUAUGCUAUAAGAGGAAAUUCAUAAUGUAAAAAAGAACUCUGUAUAUUUAAUCAGUAAAUCGUUGAAGAGAUUUGAAUUGUAACAAAGUCCAAAAGCUCAUAUUUUCUGCGAUCUCUGACCACUAAGUAAGAGUGUUACUUAGAAAGGAAAAAAAAAAUGGAUAGCCAAAGUAAAUCUUUCUACUAAGAAAUUUUUUAAAAUUUGAAUGCACAGCUUUUGAGUUAAACUAAAAAAACUGAUAGGCUAUUUUGCAAUGAAAAAUGAUGUGAGUCUGUAUCAGAGACUAUUUCCCUACCCAAAUUCAUUCUUUUUUCUUCAGUAAUAGAAUUCUUGGUUGAAAAACUUUCUCAGCCUCCCUUGCAGAUCUAUAAGCUGGAAGAAGUGUUUGUAUGAAUAGGACAUUUAAGAAAUAAUUUCCUCUUUUGCACUUUUUUGUUUCACUGCCUACAAUGUAGAUAUUUAAAUCUGCAGCUCUGGCAAUUCUGUAGGAACUUUGAGAAUGGUAUCUGAGUAUUAAGGAUGAUGGAGCAGGAUUACACACAGAACAUGUCUGCACUUAUGUUGAUUUUAUGGAACAGCCGUACCAUUUUGGGUCUGCCUGCCUUCUGUAUUUCUUUAUAUAAAAUUAAACUUGUUUGUUGA